AUGAAUACUAUUACUUUAAAUUGUUUAGUUGAAGAUGAAGACCCUCUUGAAGACCUUUUUUUGAUUAGAAUUAAUAAAAAUUUGGUUGUAGAUGAUCUCCAAACUGCUAUUAAAGUGAAAAAACAAAAAAGGUUUGCAGAUGUUAACACAACAGAUCUAAAUUUGUGGAAAGUAGAUAUCUUGCUCGAUAAACCCAGUGGAGAGUUGAAAGUACUUGAAAACAAAGAACAUGCUGUAAUUAAAGAAUGCUUAAAUGGAACAAUGCUUUAUCCAAGGCAGAAAAUUAUCGAGAUUUUCUCUAAAGUUCCAAAAGAAAAUUACCUUAGUAUUAUUGUUGAAC